GCCACCUCCAAUGAACAGCAAGAUCUCUUUUGUCAGAAGUUGCAGCAGUGUUGCGUACUCUUUGACUUCAUGGACUCUGUUUCAGACCUGAAAAGCAAAGAAAUUAAGAGAGCAACACUGAAUGAACUGGUUGAAUAUGUCUCAACAAAUCGUGGAGUGAUUGUUGAAUCAGCUUAUGCUGACAUAGUAAAAAUGAUUAGUUCUAAUAUUUUCAGAACACUUCCACCUAGCGAUAACCCAGAUUUUGAUCCAGAAGAAGAUGAACCAACUCUUGAAGCCUCAUGGCCCCACAUACAGUUGGUGUAUGAAUUUUUCCUGAGGUUUUUAGAGAGUCCGGAUUUUCAGCCGAGCAUUGCAAAGCGAUACAUUGACCAGAAAUUUGUACAGCAGUUGUUGGAGCUCUUUGAUAGCGAAGACCCACGAGAACGUGAUUUUCUAAAGACAGUUCUUCAUCGAAUUUAUGGAAAAUUCCUUGGUUUAAGAGCAUUCAUCAGGAAACAGAUAAACAACAUUUUCCUCAGGUUUAUAUAUGAAACUGAGCACUUCAAUGGUGUCGCUGAGCUUCUGGAGAUAUUAGGAAGUAUUAUCAAUGGUUUUGCACUGCCACUGAAAGCAGAACACAAACAGUUCCUCAUGAAAGUUCUGAUUCCCAUGCACACUGCGAAGGGGUUAGCUUUGUUUCACGCACAGCUGGCCUAUUGUGUUGUACAGUUCCUGGAAAAAGAUACAACCUUAACAGAGCCUGUAAUCAGAGGACUGCUAAAAUUUUGGCCAAAAACUUGCAGUCAGAAAGAGGUAAUGUUUUUAGGUGAAAUCGAAGAAAUCUUAGAUGUAAUAGAACCGACACAAUUCAAAAAAAUAGAAGAGCCUUUAUUUAAGCAAAUAUCCAAGUGUGUAUCAAGUUCACAUUUUCAGGUUGCAGAAAGAGCUUUGUACUUCUGGAAUAAUGAAUACAUUCUUAGUCUGAUUGAGGAGAACAUUGAUAAAAUUCUACCAAUUAUGUUUGGCAGUUUAUACAAGAUCUCCAAAGAACACUGGAAUCCAACUAUCGUGGCACUUGUAUAUAAUGUGCUGAAGACGCUGAUGGAAAUGAACGGCAAGCUUUUUGAUGAACUUACAAGCUCAUACAAAGCAGAAAGGCAAAGAGAGAAAAAGAAAGAAUUGGAACGUGAAGAGUUGUGGAGAAAGCUAGAGGAGUUAAAGCUUAAGAAGGCUCUGGCAGAAAAGCAGAACAGCACUCACAAUGUGCUGAGUGCACACAAUACAAGUGCCAAAUAAAAGAAAUGACAACCUCUACUCGCAGACAUACUUUUUUGUACCCUUUUGAAAUAUAGAAAAACUUGCAAAAUAAACCUCAACAGUAUAAUAGAAACAGCCAACCUUUUCUCUGGCAAAAUGUAAAUGAAGAAAAAUUUAAGUACAGCAGUUAAGUGAUGUCAUUACCACAGCAUAUUGUAAAUUUGUCUAAUAAUUGAUAUACGGUCACUUCCAAUGUUUCAUAGAACUGAACUGUCAUCCUUAAUGAGUGAAAUAAUUAUGGGAGUGGUGAGAAUUAUGACUUGAAUUUUUGAUUGUGUUGCACAUAGGUGGUAUAGUUUGCUCUGUACAUUCUUUUUCCUUGUUUUAUACGUGCUUUUCACAUCGCUGCAUUACUUGGGUUAAGAUUAUAGAAAAGGCUUCUAGUUGUGCUGUAUUUUCUCAAAUGAAACUAAGGUACGUUACCAGUAGCUUGAGAUACUCACUAUGUGCCCCUAGCAACACUGAAAGGAACUCUGACAUGGUGCUGUUUGUGAAUUCCAGAUUGAAUUUCGAUUUGUAAGUAGCUAACAGUAGAAUGAGGCAAAAUAUGGUUCUGAGAGCUCAACUAGGUUUGGGUGGUCCGUGCAUCUGACCUACCCUGUGGUGAAUGCCUUGAGACUGUCUUCUCCCUGCUUCUUGGUCAUCCUCUUACAGCUGAGGAUGGAGCUUCCUUUGGCGAGCCCAUCAAUGAUGCUCCUCAUCAGCCCAAGGACUCCCUGCAGAGUAGUGCAGUCUCCUACAGACCAUCUCGGACAUCUCUGCAGUAGCUUUAGUAUCUCAUGGCCUGAAGAGUGAGACCAAAGCUGGAAUCCCUAAUAAGGAAGGAUGACUGUGAAUUAACUAGUUCCUUGUUUUAUUUAAAGAAAAUGCAGUCUGCUUCUUGGAAGGUGGAGAGCUGAUUAUAGAAGUCUUGUCCGUUUUCUUUAAUCAAGUAUUUUUCACAUCUUUUAUCAGAGUACCAUUCCAAUCUCUUAAAUUGCAGUUGUGUGGAAAACUUUUGUAAUGGAAGAUCUUUGGAGAACUGAGCAGCAUUCAAUAAAGUCUUUAUGUUUGUAUUUA